AUGGAUGGUUCCAAAGGGAAGGCCGUGGCGACCAGCGCCCCUCCUCCGUAUUCUCAGAGCAACAAUGACGUUCCGCGAUACCAAGCGUCGAGCACUCCCCUCACAAUCGAUGCCAAGACGCUGGGCAUGACAGCCAAGUUUCCGCCCUUAUUCAAAUGUCACUAUUCGAGGGAGGAAGAAUUCUAUUACCUCGGACCGGUGUCCAGGGAAGAAAGAUACUUCGCCUUCUCCGCCAGCGCCAAGAUGUACGCCAGCAUGCAACCCCUCCACCUCCACAACGGCCCGACGGAGAGAGAUCCGAUCAUAGCCAGGGUGACGCAGAAGAACGUGCGAUCCAACGAUUUCGCAGCGAUUGUCACCCUUCACGACCUGGCGAACCCCCUAGCCGCCGGCGAAGACAUCUCGUUCGACAGGCCGGAAGGCUCGAGGGCGAACGUGCUCCGCUUCCGGAUGAGAGUCGGCCCAAAGAACCUGGAAGAGGAGUUUCAGUGGCGGAGAUCGUCGGGGAAUGAAGUCAAGGAGAUUGCGCGGCACUCGAUCGGGUUGAAGCUGGUGAGGGUGACCGGGCCGAGGAUCGGGGCCGGUGGCAGCAGGAGGUCGCGUGCCCCCGGCUUCGCGAGCGACGGAUUGGAGGUCGUAGCCGUCAUGGCGCCGAGGACGAACUUGGGGAUCGCGAAUGAUUUGCAGUUUUCGUUUUUGGGGACGGGGUUGGACGGGGCCCUGGGAGCGAGGUGGGAGACUGUGGCUGUUAUUACUGGGUUCUGGCUGUUCGGGAUUUCGCGUCGACGAGACAAGGACUGA